AUGGGUCAAAUUCUUGCUCUUUUCCGUGGAGGUGCAUCUGGCGACGAGAUUAUAAUCGACUUCGAGAACGUGAACCCAACAGAACCAGAGCUCCCCGUCUGGAACGCCAUCGACGCCCUUCUUAAAAAAAAAGAUGAUGUCCUCAAGCAAAUAUUCAGCUACACAGGCAAGGACGAUUUGAUCCGUGCAGCCAUAUCCUCGCGUACACCCGACGAGGAAGUCAAUGGAUUAACAAAAGUUGAAGAAGAGGCAUGGCAGGCCAUUUCCGGCCAAGCUGAUAUAGUUCAUGAAUUUUAUCAAUUCGCGUGUUCUCUUGAAAAUGAAUUCCCAAAGUUGAUAACUGAGUUGUCGAAUACCGAGCCUAAAAUUACUUUGAUGAACAAACAAGCGUUGUGCAAACAACUUGGGCUUAUUCUCGAUUUUGUGUUGGCGUUUGACAACAAGAAGGUUACGACUCCAGGUAUUCAAAACGACUUUUCGUACUACCGUCGUAACUCGCAAAGGAUGAAACAGUUCAAGCGUGAGAACGAGUUGAAAAUCCCUGAAGAAACACAAGGAAGAAUAUCGAUGUUUAUUGCAAGCCCCUCUCCAAUGAUGAACCACUUGAUUAAUAUCGUGAAAACGGUGCAAGGAGGGACCACAAAUCCGGCGUUUGGCGAAGUCCUUACAACGUUUGCGAAUGUGUGCAAUGACAUGGUCGAGAAGCAAAUAUUUUCGAACAACGAAAUGAAUUUAUUCUGUUUGCGAGUUAUGACUGGGUGCAUUAUAUUGAACGACCGCAUUUCUGAACUCACAUCAUUCCACAAAAAGACGCCCGUCAAAAUUAAAGACUGCAUCAUGCAACUGAAAAACUUCGGAGAUAACCCACAAUAUGCAGAACAAAUCAACUCACUGUUGGACACACUCAGAUACACUUGUCUUCAUGUCAACGACCCAGAAACUCCGGGUUUCAUUAAGGCGCUGUUGAUUUAG